AUGAACAAGACAUCAUUUAAACCAGAAUAUAUCUAUUUCUUGAUACAAAUAAAAAAAGAAAAUAGAGUAAAGAAUAAACAAGAAUGUCAAAGUAUGAUUAAUCAUUCAUUGGUUCAAGGAUUUGGAUCAGCUGGAGGAUUGGUAUUAAGUUCAGAUGUCAUUCUAUUCAAUGAAAGCGAUCAAACUGCAAUUGUUAAAUGUAUCAAAGAACAUCACCAAUCUGUUUGGUUAUCAUUUACAAUGGCAAAUCAGAACGAACAAAACCAACUCAUUUCUAUCAGGGUUUUAAAGGUGUCUGCAUUCCUAACAUCUUUGGCAAAUCAAAAUAGAUUUACCAUUUCCUCUCCUAUUUUAUCUAAUUGA